AUGGGUUCUCUCCCUAUCGAGACUCUCUUCUCUGAGAAUGUCGUUCCUCAAGCUCCAGAAGACCCUCUCUUCGGCCUGAUGGCUGCUUAUAGGAAAGAUUCCUUUGAGAAGAAGGUUGAUCUAGGCAUUGGUGCUUACCGAGACAAUAAUGCAAAGCCAUGGGUUCUCCCCGUUGUGAAGAAAGCCGACGACAUCAUCCGCCAGGAUCCAAAUCUGAAUCACGAAUAUCUGCCCAUCGCCGGUCUUGCUGAAUUCACCUCCGCCGCCCAGAAGCUCAUCCUUGGUCCCGAAUCCCCCGCCAUAAAAGAAGGCCGUGCGGCCUCCCUCCAGACAAUCUCUGGAACUGGCGCCGUCCAUCUCGGUGGCCUGUUCCUUUCCAAGUUCCUCUCGAAACCCACACCUACUAUCUAUCUCUCGAGCCCGACAUGGGCGAACCAUAACCAAAUCUUCACCAACGUUCAUCUCCCCAUCGCCAACUACCCCUACUUCUCCGCAAAGACGAAAGGUCUCGAUUGCGAUGGUCUGCUCAGCACAUUGUCAUCUGCCAAGGAAGGCUCCGUUGUUCUCCUGCAUGCUUGUGCUCAUAAUCCCACAGGUGUCGACCCAACGCAAGAUCAAUGGAAACAAAUCGCCCAAAUCGUCCGAGAUCGCAAGCUCUUUCCCUUUUUCGACUGUGCAUACCAAGGUUUUGCUUCUGGAGACUUAGCCACCGAUAACUUCGCCAUCCGAUACUUUGUUGAGCAGGGCUUCGAGUUGAUCAUCGCACAAUCAUUCGCCAAGAACUUUGGUUUGUACGGUGAAAGAGCAGGUGCUUUCCACUUCGUUGCUGCACCGGGAUCCCAAGCUCAGGACAUCACCAAACGUGUUGCCUCCCAACUUGCCAUUCUUCAGCGCUCCGAGAUCUCAAAUCCUCCUGCAUAUGGUGCUCGUAUUGCAAGUACUGUUCUGAAUGACCCCAAACUCUUCGCUGAGUGGGAAGGUGAUCUGAGAACCAUGUCUGGACGGAUCAUUGAGAUGCGGAAGUCACUGAAGGGAGAGCUUGACAGACUUAGUACACCUGGUAAUUGGGAGCAUAUCACGAGCCAGAUUGGCAUGUUCUCUUUCACUGGAAUCAGUGAGAAGCAAGUCCUCGCUAUCAGAGAGAAGUGGCACGUCUACAUGACCAAAAAUGGUCGUAUCAGUAUGGCUGGUCUAAACACGGGUAACGUCAAGUACUUUGCAGAAGCCUUGGACGAUGUUGUCAGGAAUGUGAAUUAA